UCAUCCAAUCUUAUGCUAUGUGAGCGAAUGGCUAUCCUUGCAACACACCAUCUGUUUCCUCCACUGCUCUCUGCUUCCACUGUUGCCCUUUCUCCUUCGCCCACCUUUCUCUCUCUUUCUCGCCCAAUUGCUCUCCAUAUCAGCUCUGUGUGAAUAGAUGGCCGCAAUGCAAUCGCUUGCUCUCUCUUCAACGAUUGCUAAUUGGCCCCAGAAGCGUCGCUCAUUUGGUCUAUCCUCUCUUUCAAGAACCAUUCACCAGAGGUCCAACUCCUCGUUCCAUGGAAAACCCUUCCAGAUUCCUGCUCCAAUGCGAAAACACACAGCAGUUCACUCUAACACAUCAAGACCUGUCACCAUGAUGACCAAACCUGCAAUCCAGUUCAUCCAAGGAACCGACGAGCAGACAAUACCAGACGUCAGCCUAACCAAAUCUCGUGACGGCACAAAUGGCGUCGCCACUUUUAUCUUCGACGAACCUUCUGUAUUUGACUCCUCGAGCGAACUCGGUGAUAUCACCGGUUUCUACAUGAUCGACGAGGAAGGCGUGCUCCAAUCGACCAAUGUGAGCGCCAAGUUUGUGAACGGAAAACCUUCGAAAAUAGAAGCAAAGUAUGUAAUGCGCAGUCCAAAAGAAUGGGACAGGUUCAUGAGGUUUAUGGAGAGAUAUUCUAAUGCAAAUGGCUUGGAGUUCAUCAAGAAAUGAGGUGCUGUACAUUUCUCUCAACUUUUUCUUCUUUCUUCCCUUGCUGAAUGUUUCAGAGACUAGAAAAGUUUUGCUGAAGAUUUAUUUAAAU